UUAUGAUGCAUUUGAAAUAGAAAAGGUUUUAUUCCGCGCGGGCCAUUAGAAGAAAUAAAAUCAUUUCUCACAUUUCUAGAGCUGCACUUGUCACAAUACUUCCACUUUAAUCGUGACUGUAGAAAUGUCAUAGGUGUCAUAUUUCAUUGAAAGAAACUUCCUUGUGCAGUUAGUAUUUUAGAUGCUUAUCAAACGUUCACUUCUCAAGAAAAUCGCAUUGUUUCAAUUGUUCCGACAGCACGCCCUGACUGACAUAAGCCUGACAGAUUGCUGUGCGGUUGUUUUGGAUGACUUAUGCAAAGUUCAAAUUGUGUAUAGCAAACACACAAAUGGUUGCACAGAACUUAGUUCAACAAAGUGACCGUAAUAUUUGCAUCACAGCUGCCACCUGCUGUGAGACACUAAAGCAAUUUGGACUCUCAAAUGCCAUCGCGGCUCCGUUUGGGUUUCUAUGACGACACAUAGAAGCUCCUGGCCAAGGCAGCAAGCGGGCCACCCAAUGUGUGUGUCACACACGUGAAAUAUGUAAACCUCUGCUAGAAUAUACUCCAUUCAUGUCUACUGCCAGAUCAUUGAAGACAGCUUUGCAUUCAUCACCGCUCGAUUCCACAUGAGCUAAUUGGAGAUGAUUUACGGAGCUAUUUCCUUGUAACAAACGGAACGUUACAUCAUCUUAUAUGGCCCGACAGGGAAGUAGUUGCUGGCAGCAGGAACAGAGGAGGCGUCAGGAACGCUGAUAUGAACUGAGCUAUUUUAGUCUGCCAGGUCUUGAGUUCGAGACACUUUGAGGGUUUAUAUGAUGAUGUCUUUGGCAGCCUCUCGCUCAAACCGGAUGACGGGGACAGACAUAGGAAUGCUGAAAUUCUGUGCAAAGAAACAAUUUCAUAAGAAAUGCUAUCUGAAGGUUACUUAUUAACUGUCAUAAAUUCCAAUUAGGCAAUGAGUAAGUGACUGAAUAAAGAUAAGACCAUCACCAUCAUGUUUUUGACCUUUUAUAUUCAUAGUGAGUGGGUUUUUCCAGAAAUUGCACAAAUACCGUGGUGUCCCACUUUUGAUGUUCUGAUGGACAAAGUGAUACAUUUCAUUGUCACACUGCACCAAGUAUGUCCUCCAACAUACGCCAACUGGCAAAUCCAGGACAAAAAGCCCCAAAAUCAAACUAUUGACAGGACAACAAGCACAAUGCCUCCAGAGAAAAUUCAUCCAUCAUCACCAUCAUCAUCGUCACGUUUCUGACCGGAACAACAAGAAGAUGCCGCUGGGUGACGACUGCCAUAGCUGGAAGAAGAAGACAACGGACGUGAAGGAGCAUUAUGACUUCAAAGAUAUCCUCGGAACGGGAGCCUUCUCUGAGGUGGUCCUGGCAGAGGAGAAGAGGACCCAAAGGUUGGUGGCCAUCAAGUGCAUCCCCAAGAAGGCGUUGGAAGGCAAAGAAAACAGCAUUGAGAAUGAGAUUGCAGUGCUGCACAAGAUUAAACAUGCCAACAUUGUGACUCUGGAAGAAAUAUUUGAAAGUAAAUCGCACCUCUACCUUGUCAUGCAACUGGUGUCUGGUGGGGAAUUAUUUGACCGCAUCAUAGAGAAGGGCUUCUACACAGAGAAAGAUGCCAGUAAACUCAUUCAGCAGAUUCUGGAUGCUGUCAAAUAUCUCCAUGACAUGGGAAUCGUGCACCGAGACCUCAAGCCGGAGAAUCUGCUCUACUACAGCAUGGAGGAAGACUCCAAAAUCAUGAUCAGCGACUUUGGUCUGUCGAAAAUCGAGGGUUCUGGUAGUGUGAUGGCCACAGCCUGUGGAACACCCGGAUAUGUCGCCCCUGAGGUUCUGGCCCAGAAGCCCUACAGUAAAGCAGUAGACUGCUGGUCCAUUGGAGUCAUAGCCUACAUUCUGCUGUGCGGUUACCCUCCGUUCUACGACGAGAACGACGCCAAACUGUUUGAGCAGAUCCAGAAAGCGGAAUACGAGUUUGAUUCGCCGUACUGGGACGACAUCUCAGAUUCAGCUAAAGAUUUCAUCGUCCACCUGAUGGAGAAAGACUCCUGCACACGUUACACCUGCGAGCAGGCCCUGCAGCACCCUUGGAUUGCCGGAGAUACCGCUCUCGACAAGAACAUCCAUGAGUCUGUCAGUGCGCAGAUCAAGAAGAACUUUGCCAAAAGUAAAUGGAGGCAAGCAUUCAACGCUACAGCGGUGGUCCGCCACAUGAGGCGUCUUCAACUGGGCACCAACCAUGAAGGACCCAACCAAGCCACCCUGACGAGUCCGUGCCGAGCGCACCUUCUGCUCCCAGGGGAGGACACUCAAAAUGCAGAAUCUUGCGGGGAGACGGGAUGCUCCCAGGCACUGGACGGGGACGGCAUGGACCCUCUGUCCAGCUGUACUUACCGCUGCCAUCCGACCAGCCGGGUGUGAUCCCCGUGCCGCUUCACUGCCUCGUCGACCCCAGUGAUUUUUUUCCAUUUUUAAACCCCCUCGGUGAAACCAGAGGUUGCGACUCUCUCACACCCUCCUCGUGUCUGGUUAGGAAUGAGGCGUCAUUACGACCUCUCGCCUGCAGGGGGAGCAAGUAUGUCCAGUCUGGGAAGGAAGGAAAUUGAGAAAAUCGGGAAGCGGUGAUUGAUGAUUAUGAUGACUAGUUGGGCAGACUGGACAGGUAGUUGGUGCUCAGACAAUUCAGAGUAGAGGGGGAGGAGUUUUUCUUUCCAAAGCAGGACAGAGCUGAGACUAUUAUUUGGACACAGCCCGUGCUUGCUGUUGUUGCUAUUUGUUUUGUGCUAUUUGUGCAUGAUCAGAAAAGAAAUCCCCCGAGCAUGUUUUAUCUUUGAAAGCUGCUCUCUUUCGCUUGUCGUCGAGGACGGGGGUGCCAUAAGCAAAAGCCUUUCCGAGAUCUUUUUGCAGUCUUUUGAAUGUAACGGGAUAUAGUACUGCAAAGUCAGCACAGAUCUGUCUACUAUAAAGAGACCAUUUUAGACAAUCUGUGAUCUUUAUGCAAAACUCCAAUCCGUUCCUAUGUAGCCUUUUAUGAGAUGGUAUAUACAAUAUGUGGUGUUUCCGUGCGGCUGCGACAAAGGCUUCCCCUUUGGUUUUGUUCAACCUCUUGAACCGCUUGAAGACAGGGAUCUUAUUUUUGUCUAUGGUGCCUUUAGGGGUUUACAGUUUGAUGGAUUUAUUUCGGGUGGGGGCUUCUCAAGUGUGUCUAUCUGCACAAUCUUUAGGUUUUAUAUUUAUCGCAUUUGUAGCUUUACAAUGUUUUGUUUCCCUCGAGGUUAGCUGUGGUUAUGAUAUUUUUAUCAUAUUGUUUUUAGUCCAGGCAAAUUAUAAUCAGAGUUGAUAUUAUACAAGCCUGAAGAUAAAGAAGUAUCUUCCAUGUGUACUGUAAUCAUGUUAUUUUACAAGCAGACUAAGAACUACAUUAAAGAAUGUCAAUGGGUCAUUAUUUAUUUCAUUUCCUCACCACUCUCUUGUGUCGUAGACAAUCCUGUAAUGUAAUCUCCAAGAAAUUCAAAUGCACCCCAAAAACAGACAUAUGUGCAAAACUGUUGUGAGUAUAUUUGCCAUGAGCUGAGCGCUAAAGAGAACUAAGCGAGAUGAAAAGAAAACAUAACGGUGUUGCUUCUAAAUAAAAAUGUGAAAGCUUUAUUCAGCAUUUCGUCAGGUAAGGUAAUGUGGUUGUGUUUUUGGACAGUAACUGUAAAAUGUAGGCUGUAUUUUACAGUGUUUCCAAAAGUGAGAUUUUUGCUUCUGUAGCUUUCAAAAGUACUCCAAUUGGGGAUGGAUAGUGAACUUAACAGAAUUCCUGUUGUCAUGCCAGUGUUUUAUUGUGCAUGUUGUCAGAAUUCUAAAGAGUUAAUUAAUCUACUGAUUAUUAUGACAUAAUCAGAAGACCAAGAGAAAUCUAUUUUAUGCUCAUAUGGUGUCCUCUUUUUGAAAAGUGGGCCAAAACUCCAAAAAAGGAAAGAAAACUAAACAUUCCUGCUCAAUGAAGCAAUUGAUGAUGACAUGCAUUACCAUGUAGCUAUGACCUCACCACUAAACUUGCUGUGGUAGGAGUUUUGGGGUUUUUUUUGGAUUGGGGGGGUUGCAGACAACACUAUAUCUGCUUUCAAUUACAGCAUUAGAAAAAUGCUCUUCACCGGGAUAAAGGUAAAAUAUUAAUGUGAAGGUCUAUCAUUAAAAUAGAUUUGUCAUACAAAGCAGUGCUUUUACCAUGAAUACGUUGUCUUUUUUUUAACAGUAUUUUAAAUUGUAAACAAAGAUGCAAUGCUUCAUGGGCUGUGGAAAAGUGGCUGUAAGUGAAACACAUUAAACUCCUUGUCUAUGCAGUA